AAAAUCCGGGCAGGGAUGACCUCGCCGGGGGUUGGGACACACCAGGAAUGUCUCAACACCCCCGGGCAAUGCGGGAGAUGGGAUAAAAAGAGCUCCCGGCUCCCAAUUCCUCACACCGCAGCUCCUCCGGCUUCUCCUCUUCGCGAUCCGAGCAGUUCCUCCUCCUCCUCCUCGUUCUCCACGAUGUCUUUCUCCAGCCAGCUCAGCUCUCGCUGCUCCCUGCCCUGCCCCGUGUCCUGUCCCCAGCCCUACGCCAACGCCUGGAACCAGCCCUGUGUCACCUCCUGCGGCGACUCUCGGGCCGUGAUUUGCCCCCCGCCCGUGCUCAUCACCUUCCCGGGGCCCAUCCUCAGUACCUGUCCCCAGGAGAGCUGCGUGGAUUCCGCGCUGCCGCUGGGAACGGAGCGCCCCUUGGGUCUGCAGUGCUCCCCCGGGGGCUACGGGGGCUUUUUGKCCUCCUCGUCCUCCUCCGCGAAUUUCUGGAGCCAGCGCUACGGCGGCUGCGGGCCCUGUUAAAUUGGGGAUGAAUGGAUGGAGAAAUCGGGGCGGGGGGAUGGCAGAGGGAACUGAGAGGGGGACGCGGCUCCCUGGGGCUCGAGGGAUCCACGGGAGCUGCUCGGAAUCCGUGGAAACUGCACAUGGGAAAUGUUCAGGAUCCCUGGAAAUUGCUCAGAAUCCCUGGAAGCUCCUCACCACCUCUGGAAGUUCCUCACCAUCCCUGGAAUCUCCUCACCAUCCUCGAGAAUCUCCUCACCAUCACUGGAAGAUGCGCUGCCUCUCACCCUUUUCGCUUUAAAUAUCCGUUUUUCUCCAAAUUUGCCUUUUCCWGCCUCAAACCCCGAAUUCUUUGCUCACUCCGGGUCCGUCUCUCUCCAUCCGAGCACAGAAUUCCCGGGAAUUCGUCCGUGGAAGGGUUUGAUUGCUGUUUCAUUAAUUAUGUAGAUUAAUAAUUCGGAUCGGGUGCACCUCGUGUUCUUCCUGUUUGAAACCUCCGCUUUUAUCCCAAUAAAAUCCCGCGUUUGCAUCGA